AUGACAAAUAGGUCAUCAAAAAAAAAAAAAAUGUCGUUUGACUCUGAUGUUGAGUUUUUGAACGAUAACGUGAGAGCAAGGGUCUCACCUACUUCUAAUACUCCAAGAGAAAUAUCAAACUACCUUAUAAAUAAUAAUAUCGAACCUACACUAGAAACCGUAAUCGAAUGUAUUAUCAAGCUUCAAGCAGCACCGGCUAAUAAGAAUUUUUGCAACGCUGCUAUCGUUAGGAUAAGAGAACUAUUACUACUUUCUAUUGGUACUGGAGAAAGGAAUGAUUAUGAAAAUCUUGUUAGCCAAGUUCUUCAUAACCUGACCCCACCUUCGGCUUCGCCGCAAAUUUCAGUUUCUCCGCCCGCUUUUUCCGUGUCCGAUGCAAUGUUAGAAGGUUUUCUCUUUUAUCCGCAAACGAUGUCGCAAGAGUUUCAAGAAUAUAAUAGUAACGUUACGCUGGACGUUGGGAUUCCCCCAAAUUAUUAA